AUGGCGCCCAAGUCGAAACCGCCCGAAAAGAAGCAGCAGUCGCUCACAAACUUCUUCCAGCCAAAGACGGUCAAUGGCCUAGCCGCCGCCUUCCAAAAGUCGCAGUCCGAAGCAAGAACAAGCCCGCCCGAGUCGCCGGAUUCCUCGCGCAAGCGCCCCUUGGAGGAGGACACGGAUAGGGGCAAUAAUGGACCCGACAAGACCAUCAAGAGAGCAAAGGGUGAAAAGGGGGACAAGGCCAAUGCUGCGGAUCAGGGCAAGAGCUCCUUCUUCACUCCAGGAGCCAAGCCACCCGCCGAGUCUGAGCCGAAGUCCAAGGCAUCUGCAGCUUCCUCUAGGACGGGACGGUUCGCCUACAGCCAGGCUUCAGACGUGAACGAGGAGGAGGAUGAAGAGGAUCAAGACCCGUCCACGAAGCAGCGCAAGGAGGAGUUACACAAGAAGUUCGUCAAGAAGCUGGGCCAUCCGGACAGCAUGCUAUGGCGGCGCCGGAGGCAAGAUGACAACGAAGCCGCUGAUGAGGAGGAGGGCGAAGGAGAAGAAGACGAGGACGAAGCUCCGCCGCCGCCCAAGGCAAAGAAGGGCGGUGCAAGAGCAAACAAGAAGCUCACUCCCAUGGAGAUCCAGUUCCUCGACAUCAAGCGGAAACAUCUGGAUACAGUCCUCAUCGUAGAGGUGGGCUAUAAGUUCCGGUUCUUUGGUGAAGAUGCCCGCAUUGCCGCCAAAGAGCUCAGCAUCGUGUGCAUACCUGGCAAAUUCCGCUACGACGAGCACCCCUCUGAAGCACAUCUGGAAAAGUUCGCCUCUGCGAGCAUCCCGGUACAUCGUCUGCCGGUUCACGCCAAGCGUCUCGUUGCUGCUGGUCACAAGGUCGGCGUGGUACGCCAGAUUGAGACAGCCGCAUUGAAGAAGGCCGGCGACAACCGCAACGCCCCAUUCGUUCGGAAGUUGACCAACGUCUACACAAAGGGCACAUACAUUGACGAGAAUGGCGAACUUGAAACGGAUGGUGAUGGUGGCGCUCCUUCGGGUGGUUAUCUGCUCUGCAUCACCGAGACUCCCACCAAGGGGCAGGGCACCGACGAGAAGGUCGAUGUCGGUAUAGUAGCCGUACAGCCAACCACGGGCGACAUCAUCUACGACACAUUCGAGGACGGCUUUAUGCGCAGUGAAAUCGAGACCCGACUGCUGCAUAUCUCGCCGUGCGAAUUCGUCAUCGUCGGCGACCUUACAAAGGGGUCAGACAAGCUGAUCCAGCACCUCUCGGGGAGCAGCACAAACGUAUUUGGUGAUCGCAGCCGCGUCGAGCGUGUCCCUCGAACAAAGACCAUGGCCGCCGAGGCCUACUCUCACGUCACACAGUUCUACGCCGACAAGCUGCAGCAGACCCCCGAUGCCGAUGCCUCGGCUCUCCUGGAGCGCAUCCUCCACCUCCCCGAGCCCGUCACCGUCUGCCUCUCCGCCAUGAUCAGCCACCUCAAGGAAUACGGCCUCGAGCACGUGUUUGACCUCACCAAAAACUUCACCAGCUUCUCCGCGCGCCAGCAUAUGCUCCUGAACGGAACGACACUCGAGGCUCUCGAGGUCUACCGCAACGCUACCGACCACUCGGAGCGCGGUUCCCUCUUCUGGGCUCUGGACAAGACCACUACCCGCUUCGGCCAGCGCCUCCUCCGCAAAUGGGUCGGUCGGCCUCUGCUCGACGUCGCCCGCCUCGAGGAACGCGUGGCCGCCGUCCAGGAACUCGUUGACGAACAGUCCUCCGCAAAAGUCGACCGUCUGCAAACACUCCUCGCCGGCACAAAGACGGACCUCGAGCGCAGCCUCAUCCGUAUCUACUACGGCAAAUGCACCCGCCCUGAACUCCUAUCCGUCCUCCAGACCCUCCAACGCAUCGCCAUGCAAUACCCAACCGUCAAAUCCGCCGAGGCAACAGGCUUCACCUCCCCCCUCAUCGCAUCCGCUGUCCUGUCCCUCCCCCAGAUCCUCGACCUCGUCGUCUCCCACCUCGACAAAAUCAACCCCGAGGCCGCCCGCAAAGACGACAAGUACAACUUCUUCCGCGAAUCAGAACAGACGGAAGACAUUGAAGACCACAAAAUGGGCAUCGUCUCGGUCGAACAAUCCCUCGACGAGCACCGCGGCGACGCCGCCUCCUCCCUCAAACGCAAGAAACCCGUCGACUACGUCACUGUCUCGGGCAUCGAGUUCCUCAUCGAGGUGCCCAAUACGGACCUCAAAUCCGUCCCGGCCUCGUGGAUCAAAAUCUCGGGCACAAAGAAGCUCUCCCGCUUCCACACCCCCGCCGUCGUCCGCCUCAUCGCCGAGAGGGACCAGCACCGUGAAGCCCUCGCCGCCGCCUGCGACGCCGCCUUCUCCGCUCUCCUCCGCACGAUAGCAGACGCCUACCAACCUCUCCGCGAUGCCGUCUCCUCCCUCGCAACCCUCGACUGCCUCCUCUCCCUCUCCCGCGUCGCCGCCCUCCCGGGCUACAGCAAACCAACCUUCCUCCCCUCCACCACGAACAAACCCACAAUCUCCAUCGCCCAAGGCCGCCACCCCAUCGCAGAACACACCCUCUCAGAUCCCUACAUCCCCUUCACCACAACCCUCGCCUCCCCCUCCCCGCUGGCCCACCUUAUCACGGGCCCCAACAUGGGCGGCAAAUCCUCCUUCGUCCGCGCCGUCGCCCUCCUCGUCCUCCUAGCCCAGAUAGGCUCCUUCGUCCCCGCCGACGCUCUAUCGCUAACCCUCACCGACGCAAUCCACGUCCGCAUGGGCGCCCGCGACAACCUCGCCGCCGGCGAAUCGACCUUCAUGGUCGAGGUCUCGGAGACGGCGCGCAUCCUCCGCGCCGCCACCCCGCGCUCCCUCGUCAUCCUCGACGAGUUGGGCAGAGGCACCUCCACCCACGACGGCGCCGCCAUCGCCCACGCCGUCCUCGAUCACGUAGUCCGCGAGAACAGGUGUCUCACCCUCUUCAUCACGCACUACCAGAAUCUCGCCCGCCUAGCCGAGGGCAUAGGCGAAGGCCUCGUCAAGAACGUCCACAUGCGCUUCACCGCCACCCGCAGAGCCGGGGCUGGGGCGGAGGAAGGCGACGUCGAUGCGGAUGAUGAUGAGGCGGGUGCUGACGAAGAAAUAACGUUCCUGUAUGAAGUUGGAGAGGGUGUUGCGCACAGAUCGUAUGGACUAAACGUGGCUCGUUUGGCUCGCAUACCCCGCAAGGUCAUUGAUGUUGCCUCGCAGAGGUCGCGCGAGAUGGAACAGGAUGUAAAGGUCCGGAGGUUAAGGGGCACCGCUCGUCUUCUCACCGAAGUCCUUGAGACGAACCCCGACCAGCUUGAUCAUUUGAUCUCAAACAUUGAGCAAUUGUAG